AUGGACGAACGCGCCCGCAUCCCCGUGACGCUGCCACGCGCACACCCCACGAAACCAUUCUGGCAGGACCCGCCCGAUGCCGAUGUGGCCGACCUGCGCUCCACGCCGGAGCUGCUUGCGGCUGCCGACAUCGUGAUUGUCGGCAGCGGCAUCACGGGUGCGUCGAUUGCAUACCACCUGCAACUGCAGCAGCGGCAGCAGGCGUCGUCAAAAACAGCGUCGGUGCUGAUGCUCGAAGCCCGUCAGGCCUGCUCAGGCGCGACUGGCCGCAACGGCGGGCACACCAAGGCGGCGUCGUACCGGUCGUUUCGGGACCACGCGGCGGCGCUGGGCGUGGAGGCGGCAGUGCAGAUUGCGCGGCUGGAGCUGGCUGCGAUCCAGGGCGUGCACCGGCUGGCGGGGACGCUCCCACGCGGAGACGAGCCGAGCGAGGACGCAGUCGAGUGCGACUCCCAUCCCUGCGAUACGCUCGAUGUCGUGUACGACCCGACAGAGUGGGCCCAGGCCCAAGAGGCGGUGGCGGCGAUGCAAGCGGCGAUGCCGGCGGGCGACCCGGCGGCGGCGUACACGCUGUACAGCCGCGACGAGGCAUUGGCGCAGUUCCCGUGCAGCGACCAUGUGGAUGCAGCGACGGGCGCGGUGACACUCAUCUGCGGAGUGGUGCGGUACCCAGCCGGCAGCGUGUCGGCGUACCGGUUCACGGUGGGCAUUGUGAAGCGGUGCCUCGCCAAGGGGCUCAACUUGCAGACGAACACGCCGGUGGUGAAGAUCGAGAAGCACCGAGACGGCUGGACCGUCGUGACGGACCGCGGUGCCGUCUCGGCCCGCCAUGUCGUGCUGGCUACCAACGGCUACACGGCACACCUCGUGCCGGCGCUGCAGGGGGUCGUGGUGCCGCUGCGCGGACAGAUCACGAUGCACCGGCCGGGCAGCAAGAUGCCGGGAGGUGGCGCCGGCGGUGACACAAGAGACAAAACAGACAAAACGGCCUUGGAGACCACGUACAGUUUCAUCUAUGACCAAGGCUACGAGUACAUGGUCGCGCGGCCGCCCGGGUCAACGUGUGCCGGCGACAUUGUGAUGGGCGGUGGGCUCAAGUUUGCCGACACCACCAAAGUGGGCGGUGCUGGCACGGGCGGCCUUUGUGAAUAUGGCUCGACAGACGACACGACGCUCAACCCGACGGUGUCGGCGUACCUGCGGGAGACGCCGAUCCGGUACUUUGGCCAGGGUUGGGGGGGAGAUCAUCCAGAUGGGCGUGUGCGGGCGGAGUGGACGGGGAUCAUGGGCUACACACCAGACGGGUACCCCUUGGUGGGUGAGAUGCCGUCGCCCGUGUCGGCAGGGGCGGACAACAGCGGCCUCUGGCUGUGCUGUGCGUUCCAGGGCCACGGCAUGGCCUACUCGUGGCCAUGCGGACAGGCACUCGCGGCCAUGAUCCAAUCCGCGGAGGUGGACGACGAGGCAAAGCUACAAGAGGAGGAUGCCGCCUUACGACAGUGGUUCCCCGACUGCUUCCGUGUGACAGAGGCGCGUCUGAACCUGCGGUUUGCAGGACGGUUGCAUUAG